AUGGCUAGGCACGCAGUAGAGAAAACCACACCGGAAGGGCCCUUGGAUGAGCAACUGAUUCAGCCUCAACUAAAUCUGUCGGCGGACCUCGAAGGACAGGCUACGCCAGCUGAAGAACAGGAUAUUUUUGGUAACGAGGAAGGCGCUGAGAUACAGUACAAGACGUGCAAGUGGUGGAAUGUCGGCACUCUUAUGCUGGCGGAGAAUGUAUCAUUAGGCGUCCUCGCCCUUCCUCAAGCGCUUGCGAUCCUCGGCCUCGUCCCCGGUCUACUCUGCAUAUGCUUCCUAGGCAUCAUCGCUACAUACACUGGCUAUUUGAUCGGCGAGUUCAAGCUGGCUCAUCCGUCCGUAGCGAACUACGCGGAUCGCGGCAUGCUUAUGAGUGGGCCAGUGCUUCGCGAGGUGCUUGCUGUCGGACAGCUAUUAGUCCUGAUAUUCAUCAUGGGGGCGCACAUCUUGACCUUUGCGGUCGCGAUGAAUGCGAUGACCGACCACGGCACUUGCACUAUCGUCUUCACCGUCGUCGGAUUGAUAUUCUCCUUCCUGCUAGGAUUGCCCAGAACGUUCAAGAACAUCAGCUACUUUAGCUACUUUUCUUGCGGUUCCAUUAUCGUGGCGGUUACGGUAACCAUGAUCGCGAUUAGUAUCCAGAAGCCAGACAUGGGCAACAUCGUUGCUGUGCGACCCGAUGUACCACUCGUCAAGGGACUCGCACCCGUGAUGAACAUCGUCCUAGCUUACACUGGACACGUCGCGUUCUUCUCAUUCCAAUCCGAACUGGAAGACCCGCGCGACUUCCGCAAAGCUCUCAUCUUCGAGCAGGGUAUCGCAGUCACAUUCUACAUGCUCAUAUCCGUCAUCAUAUACUACUACGCCGGGCCUCUCGUAGCCUCGCCCGCCCUCGGUUCGGCAUCCCCCCUCGUUAGCAAGAUCUGUUUCGGCAUCGCGCUGCCCACAAUCAUCGUCGCAGGUGUAGUCAAUGGCUCCGUAGCGACCAAAUACAUCUACUUUCGCGUAUGGAAGGGGACAAACGUAGCAUCUACCAACAGCUGGAAGAGCUUGGGAAGUUGGGGCGCUAUAUGUACAGGCGCGUGGCUGAUGCUCUUCCUCCACUGA